UCAGUGCAAAAACGCGCAUUACAACGGAAGGUUUAGAACAACACAUCGUAUAUGCCAUAAGAACUCCGCCUACAAACAUAGAAUUGCACAUCCCCGUGUCUAUGUGCGAUAUACGCGGAAAUAGGACUUUGAGUUGCAAGAAGAAUUAAAUACUUCUAAAAACGGGAAACGCUCGAAUUUAAAAGUUUAAGUGUUUGUAGUGAAAAAAUACAAAAAAUAAAAAAAGUGUUUACGUGAAAUUAGAAUUAAACAAAAAUCAUACAUAGCUACGUUUGACCUAACUCGAAUGUAGUGCGGUAGUCUAUGUACGCGCACAUUUAUGAACAUAUUUGUGUACUUUUCUCGAAUUGAUAUUUGAGCGUGCGGCCAUGAAUCAAAACUUCAAUUCGGCGUGAAGGUUCGCGAAUGAAAGACGUUAACUAUUGAGCUACGCGAAAGAAAGGAAAAUCAAGUAACGAAAUUCGAUUAUUUUGAAAGCCUGUAGAUCGUGCAGGAUCUCAGGUCUUUUGUGUUGCAUAACAACAACAAAAAGGAAUAUACGGGAGAUUAUUGUGUAGAGUGAGAUCGAGUGAUUGCUUAUACAUACUGGCAUAACUAGGAAUGUAUGUUUAUACCUGUGAUAAAGUGCGUAUAAAUCAAAAUUGUGGUGAAUAUUGAUUUUGUGAAGAUUUGUGGAAUUCGCAAGAGGAUUGCCAGUUGACUGUGAGACUACAAGCAUAUAAGUGAGCCGCAGUAAAAAUGGGUUUCAAAUCCAAAUACCACAUCGACGUUGACUUUGAGGUGCCCAAAAAGCUCAACUGGUAUUAUGCACCAAUUUUCACCGCUUUCUGGUUGAUCAUUUAUUUGAGUGUAGUCAUCACACAAGUUGGGCGCCUGCCCACACCGCUCACACGCAAAGAUGAGGCCACAUAUCCCGAUUCGUAUAUAGCCGAACGCGCCGAAGAGAUUCUAAUCAACUUAGCGCGUAUCGGUCCAAAAGUAGUAGGCAGUGAAGCAAACGAAGUACGGGCCGUAGAGUUUCUAGUCGGCGAAAUCAACAAAGUCAUAGAACAAAUGAGCGAUUACUUCGAACUCGAAAUCGACGUGCAGGAGGUCUCGGGUGCAUACGUGCACUGGACCAUGGUGAAUAUGUAUCAGGGCGUACAGAAUGUGGUAGCAAAAUUGAGCGCCAAAAACAAUACGAGCUCCAAUUAUUUGCUUAUCAAUGCGCACUUUGACAGCGCUCCCGGUAGUCCGGGUGCUGGAGAUGAUGGUUCGAUGGUGUCCACCAUGUUAGAAGUGCUGCGCGUCAUCGCAAAAUCUAAUGGACCUCUGGAGCAUCCUAUAGUGUUUCUAUUUAACGGCGCAGAAGAGAAUCCACUGCAAGCAUCGCAUGGUUUCAUUACACAACAUAAAUGGGCCACGAAUUGCAAAGCUUUAAUCAAUUUGGAUGCGGCUGGUGCGGGAGGUCGUGAAAUGCUCUUUCAAUCGGGUCCAGGUAAUCCAUGGCUCAUGAACUAUUAUCGCCGAGUGCCACAUCCGAGUGCAAACACACUGGCCGAGGAGCUUUUUCAAAAUAAUUUUAUACCAUCCGAUACAGAUUUUCGCAUUUUUCGUGAUUACGGCGGUGUCCCUGGUUUGGAUAUGGCCUACAUCACCAAUGGCUACGUUUAUCACACAGAAUACGAUCGUUUCAAUAUCAUGCCAAAAGGCUCGCUUCAGAAUACUGGCGAUAAUUUGCUAAGUUUGGCGAGAUCCAUAGCUAAUGCACCAGAGAUGGAGAAUCCCACGGAUUACGUGUCUGGCAAAGUUAUUUUCUACGAUUUCAUCGGUUGGUUCAUCCUCUAUUAUUCACUGCAAACCAGCAUCAUCGUUAACAGCGUUGUGUGUGUGGCUGCAUUCAGCGCCAUAGGCGUCUCGCUUUUCUUCAUGUCAGCCCGAUCGGGUCUCAGCUGGUUGGCGAUCAGUCGUCGGUAUGCGCUCGCCUUUGCUGUACAAAUACUUUCACUGUCAGUGGGUGCGCUUUUGGUAAUGGGUAUAGCGUGUUUUUUGGACAUUGUGGGAUGUUCUAUGUCCUGGUUCUCUCGUACCUGGUUAAUAAGCGGUCUGUACUUUUGCCCUGUAUUUUUCUGCAAGGGUAUAUUUCCGGCAUUAUUUUUGGAACGUACAAAGAAGGACCCCCUAAGCUUGGGCUUUCGCAUUCAACUCAUCAUGCACUCGCAUUGUCUUAUCCUAAUUUUGCUAACAAUAAUUCUUACAGCGCUGAAUGUGCGUUCGGCUUUCAUGUGCAUGCUGGCUGUGUUCUUUGACAUAGUGGCCCUGAUCAUAAACUUGAUUACGAAAUGGCAUCGCAGAGCCUAUUGGUUCGCAAUCGCUGUUAUAAUUUGCCAAAUAUUGCCUUUCAUAUACUUUACUUACAUCGCGCAUGAGCUUUACACGGCCAUGAUACCGAUGAUGGGUCGCUCGGGGUCUAAUUCCUAUCCGGACGUGGAAAUUGGUGCCUUAGCAAUCUUCUUUUCAUUUAUGUUUGCAGGCUUUCUAAUGCCGCUCUACAUGUUCUUCCGUAAGACGCGUACAAUCAUAUUUUGCUUUUUGGCCGUCACGAUUCUCUUCAUCAUAUUGGCUGUGACGCCAGCUGGUUUCCCCUACACCGCCAAAGUGGCCACUCAACGUUAUGCGCUUCUGCAUACAAACCGGGUGCUCUAUAAUGCCGAUGGCACUACGCGUGUCAAUGAUUCGGGAAUUUAUUUGUACCCACAGGAUCGCCGCAUUCACGAAGUAGAUGAGCUCAUCAAAAGCAUCGGCGUCAAGUCCCAAGUGAGCGAUAUUUGCAAUGACGAACUCUUCUGCGGCAUGCCAUUUUACAAUCAUCGUUGGCAAAAAGCCAGAGAAACUAGCUACUGGAUACCAAUCGAUGAAAAGGCGAAUUUACCAAGCGAAAAGCCAGUACUAACUUUGAUAUCCAAAAGUGAUUUGGAAACGUCGAACACACAGCGUUACAACUUUACGCUAACCGGUCCAGAUCAUAUGGGAAUUUUUAUUGGGCCAAAAGCGUCUGCCACAAUUGUGAAUUGGUCUCUCAACGAUACAAUGUUGAGAGAUAAUUGGGAGCCACCGUUCUUUAUUUACUACUCAUACGGCAAAGAUAGUAGCGCUUUGGACUUCUUCAUUGAUUUGGAGAUUACCGCCGACAACUCGAGCACACAAAAUUUGGAAAUCGGCAUAGCCGGCCAUUGGGUACAUCAAACGCAAACACGCACCGACAAAUAUGAGAAAUUCAUUCAAAGCUUUCCGGAUUAUACCUUCGUGUCCGACUGGGUCGCCACCUAUGAAAGUUGGCUAUUUUAAAAAUGUGGAAACCCCGAAAUUAACCAGCGUCAGCGUAUGAUAAUUCGAAAACAUUUAUGUUACAAAUGGCAUAACAUAUUAAUGUUAAGUGAAUUUUCGAAAUUUCUUACUUUUUUAAGAAAUUCUCCAGAUUACUAUUAAUGCGGAGUAGUAGGCACUAUUGUUUAAUUAAGGCACCAAAUGGCAUUUGUAAAGAUACUCGUAGUUUAUUUAUAAUAUUUAGCAAGAUUUUAAGAAGCCGAAGAAUAAACGAUAUUGAGACUGUU